ACGGUGGUAGCUAGCUUGUUACUUCUGCUUUCCAAACACAUAUGGCACAAAAAAUUCAGCUCGUACCAUUCAUUUCUCUCUUCUUCCUCCUCCUUGUUCCGAUUUACUCAAAAAACCCUACGGCUCAGAAGCCACAACCUUUCGGGUUUCUGAAGCCUCUUCAAGGAUGCAGAAAAGGGGAAAAUCUAGCAGGCCUUCGUGAUCUAAAACAAUAUCUGAACAAAUUCGGAUACCUAAACUAUAAUUCUUCGAAAGCACACGAUAAUGACGAGUUUGAUGAGUUUCUUGAGGCUGCUAUGAAGACCUACCAGGCCAACUACAAUCUCAAGGUCACGGGAACACUAGAUUUCGAAACAUUUUCAAAGAUGGCGAUGCCGCGGUGCGGAGUGCCUGAUGUAAUCAAUGGAACCAACAGCAUGCGAAGAAACAAAAAAAGACACCGUCAAAAUAACCACCACAGUCGUCCUAAGAAACUCCACACAGUCUCGCAUUAUAAUUUCUUCCCAGGCUUCCCGAGAUGGCCCGUAGGCAAGACUCAUCUUACCUACUGGUUCGAUCUCGGCACGACUCAUCCAGAUGCUAUCCCGGCUUUCGCGAGAGCAUUCGCGAAAUGGAGUUCGUACACGCAAUAUUUCACUUUCGAAGAAACUGAAGAGUAUGAGGAGGCCGAUAUCACAAUCGGGUUCGAAAGUGGUGAGCAUGGGGAUGGUUUCUCGUUUGAUGGACAAGGUGGAAUUCUUGCUCAUGCUUUUGCACCGACAAGCGGAAUGCUUCAUUGUGAUGCGGAUGACUUGUGGUCUAUAGGCGCUCUUCCGGAUUAUACUGAUUUGGAGACGGUGGCUUUGCAUGAAAUCGGGCACCUUCUCGGACUUGAUCAUAGCUCGGUGGAAGAUGCGAUCAUGUAUCCCACUAUUACUCCGGGAACUGUUAAAGAUUUACAUGCUGAUGAUGUUCAAGGAAUCAAAGCGUUGUAUAACAUCUAGACCCGUUUAUUGUGAUUUCGAACUUUUGGCGCCAUCUAUUCCGACAGCCAAAAUCCGUCAGAAAGACUGCUCACUUUUGAUUGAAUUUAGUUCUAAGAACAUGUCGGGAAAAAGCUAAAAUCUGACGUGAGAUUGGAUGGUGAGAGAUUUGGGUCGGUGAAAUUUUACUUGCAUAAUUGCACGAUUGCUUAUAAUGUUGUAUUUGACUACCUGUACUUGUGGCUGUAAGAUGAAGCUUUUAAAGAUAUAAUUAUGAUUUUUAAGUA